GGAGGCGAGGGAGGGAGCGAGCGGGCAGGAGGAGGAUCCGGGAAGUUCUGGGGUUAUUUGACAGCAGCCGGCGAAGCGGCACCGGACGGAGGGCCGCCGGGUGCGGAGGGCAGCGGGUGGAGUCGGCGCCCAGAGCGCGGGUGAGGACCGCCGCGCCCCGCUCCCCAACGCCUUGCCGCGCGCGUCACCAUGCUGCUCCCGCAGCUCUGCUGGCUGCCCCUGCUCGCCGGGCUGCUGCCGCCGGCGCCCGCGCAGAAGUUCUCGGCGCUCACGUUCCUGCGAGUCGAUCAAGAUAAAGACAAGGACUGCAGCCUGGACUGCGGGGGCUCCCUGCAGAAGCCCCUGUGCGCGUCGGACGGCAGGACCUUCCUGUCCCGCUGCGAGUUCCAGCGCGCCAAGUGCAGAGACCCUCAGCUGGAGAUCGCGCAUCGAGGAAACUGCAGAGACGUGUCCAGGUGUGUGGCCGAGAGGAAGUACACCCAGGAGCAGGCCCGCAAGGAGCUGCAGCAGGUGUUCAUCCCGGAAUGCAACGACGACGGCACCUACAGCCAGGUGCAGUGUCACAGCUACACCGGAUACUGCUGGUGCGUCACGCCCAAUGGGAGGCCCGUCAGCGGCACGGCCGUGGCCCACAAGACGCCCAGGUGCCCGGGUUCCAUAAAUGAAAAGGUGCCCCAACGGGAAGGCACAGGAAAAACAGUCUCCUUGCAAAUCUUUUCCGUUCUGAAUUCAGAUGAUGCCACAGCUCCAGCGCUGGAGACUCAACCCCAAGGAGAUGAGGAAGAUAUUGCAUCACGCUACCCCACGCUUUGGACUGAGCAAGUUAAAAGUCGGCAGAACAAAACCAGUAAGAAUGCAGUGUCCUCGUGUGACCAGGAGCAGCAGUCAGCCCUGGAGGAGGCCAGGCGGCCUGAGAGCGACAAUGUGGUGAUCCCCGAGUGUGCCCAUGGUGGCCUCUACAAGCCGGUGCAGUGCCACCCCUCAACUGGCUACUGCUGGUGUGUCCUGGUGGACACCGGACGCCCCAUCCCCGGAACGUCCACCAGGUAUGAACAGCCAAAAUGCGACAACACAGCCCGGGCUCACCCAGCCAGAACGAGGGAUUUGUACAAAGGCCGCCAGCUCCAAGGUUGUCCUGGUGCCAAAAAGAAUGAGUUCCUGACGAGCAUUUUGGACGCGCUGUCCACCGACAUGGUCCACGCGGUCUCCGACCCCUCCUCCUCUGGCAGGCUUUCCGAGCCCGACCCCAGCCACACGCUGGAGGAGCGAGUGGUCCACUGGUACUUCAAGCUACUGGACAAAAACUCCAGCGGGGACAUCGGCAAGAAGGAGAUUAAGCCCUUCAAGAGGUUCCUUCGGAAAAAGUCAAAACCCAAAAAAUGUGUGAAGAAGUUUGUCGAGUACUGCGACGUGAACAACGACAAAUCCAUCUCCAUGCAGGAGCUGAUGGGCUGUCUGGGGGUAACGAAAGCAGAAGCCCCUAGAGCCAACGCGGAAGGCGCCGCUAGCAGACAGCCGAGGAAGCAAGGAUAGUGGCUCACACAGCCAAGGCCGUCCUAGACAUGUGGGAGACUCCCUCACCAAAAGGCAAUUAAAAAACAAAA